AUGCCUCUAAAAGCGCAGCCUGGAGGACGUGGGCAGUGGGCCACGGGUGGUGUGAACGCUCUGCAGUUCUGCUCCAACGGUGCUCCCAAUGAUACUAUCACGGCCGUGGCAGCUCAGAUCUUUGCUGCUGCAGAUCGUGCUCUCACCCGUACGACUCCUGGUGCGUAUCGUGUCUGGUAUAUCUUCGACGUGGCUGUCGCUGACGAGCUUCGUCGUGUUUUCGCUGCCGCCCCUGAGGAUAUUCGGCGCGUUUUCGACUUCUUCUGCCGCCCCCGUGGUAACAGCCCUUACGAUGCCAUCUUUAGUGCCGGUUUGCGCGAUUACUCGCCUAUCGUAGCUCGUACGACGAUUACUACUCGCCAAAUCCUUACUAGUUAUCUAUUGUAUCUUAAGGCUUUCGUCGUCUACACUCGUAGUAGCCUUAACGCGCGGUUCUGUACGAAUAACUGCGCUGCUGUUCUUAAGGGCGAGAAGGAGUUUACGGCGUUUGCGGGCUCAGAAUUAUGGCGCUCGUUGCAACGUCCCGCGUGGUCCUGGAGGUCGUACGACGGCUCCCUCUAA